CAACCACGCCGCUGUUCACUCAGUGGUCGGAAUGCCUAGCAUCCAGGACAGCAUCAACUCAAUCAAAGACCAGAUCAGCGAUCAUGACUAUGCGCGUCAGUCGCACGAACAAACACAGCGCGAACAUGAGCGCAUCCUGGACGAAUAUGACCGUAUGACGCGCCACCGUUCAACACGCAUGCGCGAAGAGAAGGACACCCAUAGAGAGCAUAGGAGCGAGAGACGUAGAUCCAGGUCACCACCAUCCAUGCGCUUUCGUUUCAAGGAUGGCAAGACCAGCAGUGGCAGUAGUGACAGGCGCAAGAGCAAGCAUCGAUCACACAGACACAGGCACCGAUCCAGGCACACCGACGAGGAUGAACCGAGCAUAAAGCAAUACACCGCUCACCCCUCCUCCCGUCCACGCGAUCCUACAUUCCUGGACCCUUCUCUCUCAGCGUCACCUCAACCCGAGCCAAACACCGCUCACGACCACGUAGACCCCGACUCUGCCUUUCGCGAAUCUCUGUUCGACGCCAUGGCAGAUGAUGAAGGUGCCGCUUAUUGGGAAGGCGUAUACGGGGAUUCAAUCCACUCAUAUCCUCGCCCUUCUGUCAAAGACGAUCAAGGUCAUCUGGAGAAAAUGACAGACGAUCAAUAUGUCGAAUACGUCAAGGCUAAGAUGUGGGAGAAGAAAAACCCGGAGUUGCUCCGGGAGCGACAAGCUCGGGAGGAGCGCGAACAAGAAGCCCAGGAUGGAAGAUCGAGGAAGAGAAGACAUGACAGCGAGGACGAGUACGAGGAAGACUUCGAAUGGGUCGGCAAUGAAGAGAAGGGCUAUGAGAAGAGGUCUACACGGACACGUCGGUCGAAGCCAGAUACUCGAGAUGUCCCUCGCGACAAAGGUUUCAUGUCCGAUGUCGACGCUGCUCUUGCACGAGGCGCCAAACGAAAAGAAGCAAGGAAAUGGCAGCAAGCCUGGUCCUCUUACCAACAGCGAUGGCAACAUCUCAAAGCCAACACCGCACAACUCGAAGGCGAAGAUUUACUCAAAGCCAUCCCUUGGCCCGUCCAAUCCCUCAGCUCCCAAGAUGUCUCAAAACAGAAUGUUGAAGACUUCUUCUCAAAUGCUCCACUGGAUUCCGAAGAGAUACGAACCAAAACUCUCAAAGAUGAAAGUGUCAAUUGGCAUCCUGAUAGAUUUCAACGUCGUUUUGGUGGAAGCAAUGUUGAUGAGGAGACGCUCAAAUUGGCUACGAGCGUUUUCCAGACUAUAUAUGAGAUGUGGGAGCGUACGCGACCUGCGAAAUGAUAAAAGGCUUGUUUCCAAAGUAGUAAGUAGCAUCCAUACACUACUUUCGACACAAUCAGUUUUACGCUGUGUCCGACCACCA